CCACCAAAAAAUACAGAACGAUAAGAAAGAAUGCCUCUUUUUUAACCGACUUCAAACAAGAAGGAGGUUCUGUGUUCGACUGUUUGUAUUUUUUUUAUGUAUGUUCACCGAUUUCUCCGCCAAUUGUGUUAACUUCAAAAUCGAAAAUGGAACUAAAAAGUAAAAAAAUAUCUGGUUAAUGAUUUGGAUUUGGAUUAUAUUUUUAUUUGUAAUUUUUCGUACAUUCAUGUGAUGUAGGAGUUUAGAAAAAAAUAAUGUAUUAAACGCCCAUGGUGCCGGCCUGUGCUCUCCCCUAUUGUCUAACUGGUUAGCUAUUGAACUACGUUUAAACGUUAAUAUUUGCCCAUUAGCGGCCUUGGCAUAUAUAUGGCUAUUAUUUGCAAAACUAUUUAGUAAAGGUUGAUGCAGUCAUCGUUCAUUUAAGCGGAGAAAGCCCUUAGUUAAAGUUCAGUGGUUUUACUUAGUGAUGCUUUUUAAUAUUUUUGUGAACUAGGAAAUAGUUAUAAAAAGAUUUAUUUAAUGUAGUAGUUAUAUUUUGUAUAUUGUGGCACGAAUAUAAUUUAUAAUGUACAUUAUUGUGGCUGUAAUGUAAUGGGCUGCAUGGCGAGCGCUCAAAGGAUUAAGGAUUCAGCUGCAAAUAUGUCUUCCGACAUGUGGCCGGACGGUAGUGUGAAAGGGGAGACUGUUGUGGCUGCUCUUGUAAGGCUGGACGGGGAGAUUGCCAAGAGCGAGAAGGUCCAGCCGGCAGCCAGGCUCGCGGUUGUGACCGCUGAGUUGGAGAGCAUACAGCAGGAAAUAAAAACGUUCGAGGAAUCAACAAAUUCAUCACCCACUAUUAACAAAGACACGUAUGCAAAAACACUACAUCAGUUAUUCAUAAGCCUCGAUAUCUAUAGACGUCCGAUGUUAGCUUCAGAGAAUGAAGACUUCAUAGCGAAUGUUAAUCGCAAGGAGAUGCGCCGGCUGGAGCUAAGCUGGCUCCGCGUACGAUUCGCGGAGUUGCAGCGGGAGAAGCGCGGUCUACACGCACAAAUAUUACGAACGCGCUCAUUGUAUGCGCAGUUGCAGCAUCUUAUAGAGAGCAUAUGGAGCGGCAAGUCUCGGCCUGGCACCCCGUUAGAGGAUAAGCUGUCGAAGGCGAGUGCCCUGCGCGACGCUUUGGCGUCGGUGAGCGCUCGGCUGCGCGCCGCCGCGGAGUAUGCGCACGCCGCGGCGAGAUUGGUGGACGACGCGAUGCCAGCCUGGAAAAUGACCUCAGUCGGGAAGAGUGGAUGGGAGCGCACGCUGGCGAGCGCGGACGCGUGCACGCUGCUGGUGCAGGCGCGGUGCAUGGAGCGGGGCGCGCGACGCGUGCUAUCCGCGCCAGCCGCCCCGCGCGCUGCGCGCUCCCUGCGCCUGGCACUCGACUACGCCUUCACCGACAUUAUGCACGACCACAAAUAUCAGAGGGCGACGGAAACUUUCAUACAGUUUAAAGAAGCUCUCGUGCAGCUUAUAAAUUCGAUUCAUCAGGUUUUGCUGAACAACUUGGAGAACCUAUCGCUGGCUGAGGAGGACGUGGCGAAAUGCCGUAAGGAGCUGCGCGCGACCAGGGUCAACGACAUUGUGCAAAAGGGGCUCGGAGACCUCACAUACAAACCGAACGCAUUAACCAACUUGAAGUCGCAAAUAAAAUAGUUGAAACAAAUUUUCUGAGACAUUUUUCGGGAGUAAUUUAAUGGAUUUUAAAAUAUUAGCAGAUUGAUUAAAGCUUAAUUAAAAGUUUAUUUUUUUAAUAACUAGUGGAUUAUCUCUUAGGAUUUAAUGUUUAAGGACUCUUCAUUGGUCUUUUCUUGUUAUGACCUCUUCCGGAUUCGACCACUACUUGUAAAGCUUAGUUCUUGUAUGAACAAUUUUUGCUUUUAACUUGACUGUCUUUACUGCGGUGUGCAAAAAUACUCAACUUUUUUAUGUCUUCGUGUGAACGUAGCGUAGCUCGACAAAAGAUAAUCCAUAAAAUAAAAACAUCACUACAAGUAAUAAUAACAUAAUAAUUAUGAUUACAUCAGUAACAUAACAUCAUUGUUGUUAUAGAAAAAAUGUUUCAACAUAUUAUCCUUUUGUACACUGAAAGAAGGUGAAAAAAAAAAUGGUGAUUCCAAAAACAGUCAUAUUAUGAAACAAUAUAAACAGUCAUAUUAUGUCAUAUUAUGAGGUAGCUUUGCAGCAGUGGUCAUAACUAGAAAAAGUCGGAUGCGGAUGCAGUCUUUUCAAGAAGUGUUCUCCAAAUGUAUAAACCCAUCCCUUAGGGUUGUCUAAAUAUUUUUGAGGUUCCCAAAACAAGUGCUACAAAUAGUAGGAAUUUACACUGUUCAAAGAAUGUAUUUAUCCGCAAUAAGCGCAUGUAUCAUAAUAUUAAGUAAUUUUGCCAAUAAAAAAAGAAAGUGAGAAACAAAAAGUGUUUUUGGCUUAAGUCAGUUCUAGUCAAGUUCUAGUAGUGAUGAAAGCUACUUAUUUAACGAAGUAGCCUUUUCAAAAUAUGAGGACAUUCACUAUUAUGUAUUACCUAUUUUAAAUACAUACUAUGUGUUAGAAACUAGCCAUCAGGUCGGACUCUUAAUGGGUAUACUUUUUUAUACGUCUAUGUUCUUAUAUGUCAUUAUUGCUCUCUGUUUUGUUCUGUGCUCUCUUCUGUUCCUGUCUAUUAUCGUCGCUAUAUAUUUUGUACGUUUUCCUCACGUUUUCCUAUUUUAUAAUAUUAUAGUUUCAUUUUGCAUAUAACUGUUUUUAUCGUAAAAUGAGUCAAAAAGGAGAGAUUGUCAAAAAACUGCUUUUAGGCGCCAUUAUUCCAAUAUGGCGGCGCGAUCGGCAAAAAUACAAGAUGGCAAAGUCAAAAUUCGGAAAAGGCACCUUAAAAUCACGUAAAAUAUUUAAAAUUACCAAUUUUCGAAACUCCUGGGAAACUUUCCAGGUAAAACUAUCAAAUAACAAAACUAUCAAGUGUUAUAUAUUCCAUGUAUCAUUUACGUAAAGAAAAUCGACAAUGUCAUUAAAGAAAAUUUAUUGUUUUCUGCUCCAACAAAAUAAAUAUCAAAAAUACUUCAUAUUUAUAAAAAAGAUUCACUAUUACAAGUUAUUCAGGAACAACUAAUUAAUCAUAUAAAAAAAAGACGGGGCACUCCCGGAUUGCACUCCGGGAGUGCCGGCAGAAGUGAAAACUUGAAUAUUAACGUUGUGUAUUUUUG